UCAUUUUCAGUUUCACUAAGCUGCUGCGCUCGCCUUCUGAAACCCUAAUCCCUCUGUUAAUCGUCACAAUGCCGCCAAAAUUCGAUCCCUCACAGGUCGUCGAAGUUUGCGUCCGAGUCACCGGAGGCGAAGUCGGAGCAGCGAGUUCACUCGCUCCAAAGAUCGGUCCUCUCGGUCUCUCCCCCAAAAAAAUCGGAGAAGACAUCGCUAAGGAAACCGCAAAGGACUGGAAGGGUCUUAGGGUUACCGUCAAGCUUACUGUUCAGAAUCGUCAGGCUAAGGUCGCUGUUGUUCCAUCCGCUGCGGCACUUGUAAUCAAGUCUUUGAAGGAACCCGAACGUGACAGGAAGAAGACGAAGAACAUCAAGCAUAAUGGAAACAUCUCCCUUGAUGAUGUCAUUGAGAUCGCUAGGAUUAUGAGGCCGAGGUCUAUGGCGAAGGAGCUUUCUGGAACGGUGAAGGAGAUUCUUGGAACUUGUGUUUCUGUUGGUUGCACUGUCGAUGGAAAGGAUCCUAAGGAUUUGCAGCAGGAGAUUAAUGAUGGUGAUGUUGAAAUCCCUCAGGAUUGAGGAGGUUUAUGUUUUUCCUGACUCUUUUGUUUGAUCUGUGUUUUUUAUUUAUAUUAAUUUGAGGAACUAUUGAACGUUUUUGUUGUUUGUUUACUGUUUUGGAUAAUUUAGAUCAUUUUGAGAGAUUUUACCAUCUUAGUUAUUAAUUAUGAUUACGACAUUUGCUAUGAUAUUUCUA